AAGUUACAUUUGGGGCGGAGGGGUUUUUAAGCGGUAAGAGAAGAAAGUCGAAGAACUUGAAAAAUGGCAUCGGUAAAAAGUUUGAAUGUUUCCGUCGAACCUUUCAAUGGACGUGGCGAUUUUACUCUGUGGCAACAGCGAGUAAAAAGUGUUCUUACUCGUGAAGGUUCAGAGGAUAGAAAAAAUGACAGAUGCUGAGUGGGCCAAACACAGGAAGAACGACAAACUGGAAAAAUUGUCGGAAGAAGAGUGGGAGGAUUUGAAUGACAUGGCAACAAGUACAAUAUGCCUAUGCCUUGCAAAUAAUACUCUUCGGGAGGUUCUCGGUUUGACGGACCCGGUGGAUAUUUGGGACAAGCUGGAGAGCCGGUACAAGUCGAAAUCGUUGACAAGUAGGCUAUACUUGAAGCAACGAUUGUUUGGUCUCCAAAUGGCGGAGGAAGCUAAUUUUAAUGGACACUUGGAUGAAUUCAACAAGAUUACAACAGAGUUGGAAUCCAUUGAUGUGAAGAUUGAAGAGGAGGACAAGGCGCUACUUUUAUUGGCUUCAUUGCCUUCAUCUUUUGACAACAUUGUGACUACGCUCUUGUUUGAAAAAGAAACCUUAAAAUUUGAUGAAGUAGUUGCUGUGUUGUUGAUGAACGAAUCGAAGGAUGACUCAAGCGUAGAAUCGCAUGUCGGGAAUGACGUGGACAGUGGGUCUGAACUCCUGAAUGAAGAUGACGAGAGGUCCAACACCGUGGGGAAUAAUGAAGAGGAUAUUUUAGAAGAUAUUGUUAAUGUGGACACCUUAUAUCUUCCAUCACGUGAAUGUUAUGAUCCGGUCAAUGCUUCAACUUGUGUGGUCGUUGAUGAGCUUGCCCUUCUAGAAGUUGUCAACAAGGUGGCGGGUGCAGAUGAUAAGCAAGCAGACAACCUAAUUUCAUUUGACACCAUUAAGUUAUUUGACAUUAUCGAGGUGGUCAAGAUGGAGCACCUAGUUCCACUGAGAGUACCUACAUAUGUUAUUGGCUUUGUCUCAUAUUUCCUUCGAUUUUCUCUACGAGCCACGAUGGUUGAAAAUUCAAAGAGUGGACUACUCCUUUGGUUCAACACUCUUUCUCCGGUCUUAAAACACGAGUGGGAGCCUCCACCUUGAGGACAAGGUGGAUUUUAAGGGGGUGAGAAUGAUAGGGAUAGUUAAUUAGAAUAUUUUAAUUAGUUAUAUUAUUAUUUAGUAGUUAAUUAUUACUCCGUAUUAUUUAUCAGUAUUUUAUAGAUUAAGGUUUUUGUAUCAGCCCGAGCCCAUUAGGUCAAGUAGGUGUGGCGUCUCAUAUCUAUAUAUUGUAAUCCCGUAUGGUUAUUAUUCAAACAAUCAAUAAUCAAGAAUUCU